CUUUCCCCUUCCUCUUCUUCGUCUCUGCAACUGCCAUUGACAAAACCUCAUCCUCUCUCUCUCUCUAAACCCCUUUUCUUCUCAAAUUCAUGAAUUCAACUGGCGGGCCUCGAGAGCAUGGUAAGUAGCUUCCUCACUCUCCCUGCGAAGCGUCGCCCUACGUACCAAGCCUCAGCAUCGAUGUCCGACCCCAGCCAUAGCCUCCUCGCCGCCGCCAACGGCCCCUCCAAGCGCUCCAGGGCCCCUCCUCCGCCCCUCUCCGUCCCUCCCGGCCACGCCGCGUUCCGCCUCCUCUGCCACGCGUCCCGCAUCGGCGGGGUCAUCGGCAAGUCCGGCGCCACCAUCAAGCAUCUCCAGCAGUUGACCGGCGCGAAGAUUCGGGUCGAGGACGCGCCCCAGGAAUCGCCCGACCGGGUCAUCACGGUGAUUGCCUCGAGCGCGGUUUCGACCACAAUCUCGGUCUCGCUCAACGGCGGCGGCGGCGGAGGCGGCAGUCGUGAUGAGAGCCCGGGGGCGAGUGAUGGUGAUGGCGAUGUUGAGGACGAGGUGGAGGUGUCCAAAGCGCAGGAGGCGCUGGUUAGGGUUUUUGAGAGGAUCUUGGAAGUCGCAGCGGAGAGCAACGGAGUUGAAGUGGGAGUCGGGGUGGUUUCUUGCAGGGUUUUGGCGGGGAAGAGCCAGGCCGGGUCUGUGAUUGGUAAAGGAGGGAAGACUGUGGAGAAGAUAAGGAACGACAGUGGUUGCAAGAUUAGGGUUUUGACUGAGCAGCUGCCUGCGUGUGCUGCUGCUGGCGAAGAAAUGAUAGAGAUCGAAGGGGAGGUUCAUGGAGUAAAGAAGGCACUUGUUGCGGUAUCUGGCCGCCUUCAAGAAUGUCCACCAGCUGAUAAGAUACCUGACAGGUCUCGGAUAACUGGUGGCAGAACUCUUGAUUCUUUGUCCCUCCAGACUUUGCCUGACUUUCAUGUAGAUCUUCCUCAGCGGAACCCAGUGUUGCCCGCAAUGCCAAGUGGAGCAGUUAGUUAUGGUGCAGGAGUUCAUCCUUUGGCUGUUGAAGUAAACAGGGCCCCUACUAUUGAAGCGAAAGCACUUCAGCAAGAAGUUAGCUACAGGAUUCUUUGUUCCAAUGACAGGGUUGGGGGUGUCAUUGGAAGGGGGGGCUCCAUUGUUAAGGCUCUUGAGAAUGAAUCAGGUGCUUCAAUAAGUGUUGGACCUACUGUAGCUGAAUGUGAUGAGCGACUAAUAACUAUUACGGCUUUUGAGAACCCCGAAUCACGCUACUCACCUGCACAAAAGGCUGUUGUUCUUGUUUUCACGAGGUCAAUUGAAGCUGGCUCUGAAAAGGUUCUGGAUUCUGGGUCAAGUAAGGGUUCUCCCGUUACUGCUCGUCUUGCAGUCCCGUCGAACCUUGUUGGUUGCUUGUUGGGAAAAGGAGGCUCUAUAGUUUCAGAAACUCGGAGGGUAACAGGGGCUAAUAUUUGGAUAAUGGUGGGUGACCAGGUCCCUAAGUGUGCAUCAGAGGAUGAUGAAGUGGUACAGAUUUCGGGGGAGUUUCCUAAUGUUCAGAAUGCGUUAUACAAUAUAACUGGUAGACUGCGAGAUAACAUUCUUCCCAGCUCAUCGAACAAUUUGGGAAGCAGAAUGGCUUCCUCUGUUUUGGCAGAGACUAGUCCUUAUGGAAGACUAAAGGAUCCUGUUGCUCUGGGUUUGGACACAUCACCAGGUAUUUCUCCAGGUCUAAGCAGAUACGCUACUUUGACACCUAGUACAGAUCAACCUGGAUUAAGGCAUCAUCUUGAUCAUCCUUCCCCACCAAGGUUGUGGACAUCACAGGGGGUUGCUGGAGUUCCACAAAGGAGCAUCUCAGAUGUUGGCAGAGGUUUGACAUCACUAAGAAGUGGUACAGAACUUGGCAGUGGGAGUAAAUCUGCUGUUGUGACAAACACUACGGUUGAGAUCAUUGUACCUGAAAAUGUCAUCCACUGUGUCUAUGGGGAGAAUGGUAACAAUUUGACUAGACUGAGACAGAUUUCUGGUGCAAAGGUUAUAGUGCACGAACCUCGUCCAGGGAAAAGUGAGAGGACCAUUGUCAUCUCUGGCACGCCGGAUGAGACUCAAGCUGCGCAAAGCCUUCUUCAUGCAUUUAUUCUCACUGGUUCAUGACAACAGAUUCACUAAUGGAACCUUCGGCUUUGCAUCUUUUGGCGGUUUCUUCUCUGGCCCAAUGCCAUCGCGGUGGUCGGAGGUGUCCUGACUCCGUGUCUGUCGAGAUUGAUGCUGAAGAAGGAAUGAGAAUCUUUGGACCGGGGAUCGAGGGUAUUUCCACAGUUGGGGAUAAGUAAAAUGUUCAGUGACAAUAGCUAUGUGGCCCAGUUAAUAAGAGGGAGGAGCAGGGGCAAGUGCAGCUAGCACUCUUUGGUCGUGCAACUUGAAUGAGAUGAAUGGUAGGUCAUACCUGUUUGAAAGUAUUCUCAUCUAUAUGGCAAGGAGUGUACAAUCUUUUCCACGGCUCGAAACAUUCUCUACGAUCUCACCAUUUCUUCUUUUUUCAUUUGAAUCAGGCCAGACUAUAUAAAAGUAGACAAGUUUCAAGUUG